ACAGAUUAAGUACAGGGGUCAAGUUCUUUGUGUCCCUGGAGAAUUCAGUGGGUGUAGGACCUAAGUCUUGGGACUAAGAGCUCUAUAUAAGAGUGCCAAAAUAAUCCCGAGCAGGGAAAGUGAGAGAGGGAGGCAGCCUGCUGGACUCUUCCUGCUGUUGAGAACUUACCCGGCCCUUCAGGAGGGUAUUUUCCCCCUCUUUUUCCCCUGAAUGUUUUCCCAAACAUGAAGGCAAUAACCUUAUUCGUUUUGGUGGGAUUUAUGGGAGACUAUCAAAUGCUUUCAAGUGCUACCUCUCCGGUCAAUUGUCAGUGGGACUCCUAUGCCCCUUGGUCAGAAUGCAAUGGCUGUACCAAGACUCAGACUCGCAGGCGGUCAGUCUCAGUGUAUGGGCAGUACGGAGGCCGGCCUUGCCCUGGAAGUGCUUUUGAAACACAGUCCUGUGAACCUACGAGAGGAUGUCCAGCGGAGGAGGGGUGUGGAGAACGGUUCAGGUGUUUCUCAGGCCAAUGCAUCAGCAGAUCAUUGGUCUGCAAUGGGGAUUCUGACUGUGAGGAGGACAGUGCCGAUGAAGACAGAUGUGAGGACUCAGAAAGGAAACCUGUCUGUGAUGUAGAAAAACCCCCUCCCAAUAUAGAACUUACCGGAAAUGGUUACAAUGCCCUCACGGACCAGUUUAGGAACAGAGUCAUCAAUACCAAAAGUUUUGGUGGUCAGUGCCGCAAGGUGUUUAGUGGGGAUGGAAAGGAUUUCUACAGACUGAGUGGAAAUGCUCUCUCCUAUACAUUCCAGGUGAAAGUAAACAAUGAUUUUAAUUAUGAGUUUUACAACAGUAGUUGGUCUUAUGUAAAACACACAUCGACAGAACAUACAUCGUCUGCUAAAAGGCGCUUCUUGUUUAGUUCUUCAUCAUCUUCUUCACACAGUUAUACUUCAAAUACCAAUGAAAUCCACAAGAAAAAGAGUUAUCAAUUGUUGGUCAUUCAGAACACCGUUGAAGUGGCUCAGUUUAUUAAUAACAAUCCAGAAUUUUUACAACUUGCUGAGCCAUUCUGGAAGGAACUCUCCCACCUUCCCUCUCUGUAUGACUAUGGUGCCUACCGAAGAUUAAUUGACCAGUAUGGGACGCAUUAUUUGCAGUCUGGGUCCUUAGGAGGAGAAUACAGAGUUUUAUUUUAUCUGGACUCAGAAAAAAUUCAACAAAGUGGUUUGAGUUCAGUAGAGGAGAACAAAUGUGAUUCCUCAAAUUUCCAUUUUGUUUUUACAUCAUCGAAGCACAAAUGCAAGGAAUUAGAAAAGGCUUUAAAAUCAGCUUCAGGAACCCAGAGCAAUACACUAAGAGGGGAACCAUUUGUCAGAGGGGGAGGUGCAGGCUUCAUCUCUGGCCUCAGUUUCCUAGAGCUGGACAAUCCUGCUGGAAACAAAGGGCGCUAUUCUGCCUGGGCAGAAUCUGUGACUAAUCUUCCCCAGGUCAUAAAGCAAAAGCUGACACCUUUAUAUGAGCUGGUAAAGGAAGUACCUUGUGCCUCUGUGAAAAGGCUGUACCUGAAACGGGCUCUUGAAGAGUAUCUGGAUGAAUUCGACCCCUGUCAUUGCCGGCCUUGUCAAAAUGGUGGCAUGGCCAUUGUUGUGGGGACCCAGUGUCAGUGCCAUUGCAAACCAUACACAUUUGGUAUGGCGUGUGAGAAAGGAGUCCUUGUAGGGGAUCAAGCAGGAGGGGUUGAUGGAGGUUGGAGUUGCUGGUCUUCUUGGGGCCCCUGUGUUCAAGGGAAGAAAACAAGGAGCCGAGAAUGCAACAACCCACCUCCCAGUGGGGGCGGGAAGUCCUGCCUUGGAGAGACGACAGAGUAUGGGCUGUGUACAGACCAAGAGCUGGAGCACUUGCGAUUGCUUGAACCUCAUUGUUUUCCUUUGUCUUUGGUUCCAACAGAAUUUUGUCCAUCACCUCCGGUCUUGAAAGAUGGAUUUGUACAGGAUGAAGGUACCAUGUUUCCUGUUGGGAAAAAUAUAAAGUACACAUGCAAUGAAGGAUACUCUCUUAUUGGAGACCCUGUGGCCAGAUGUGGAGAAGACUUACAGUGGCUUGUUGGGGAAAUGCACUGUCAGAAAAUCGCCUGUGUUCUGCCUGUACUGAUGGAUGGCAUACAGAGUCACCCCCGCAAACCCUUCUACAGCGUUGGCGAGAAGGUGACCUUUUCCUGUUCAGGUGGCAUGUCUUUAGAAGGUCCUUCAGCUUUUCUCUGUGGCUCCAGCCUGAAGUGGAGUCCUGAGAUGAAAAAUGCCCGGUGUGUGCAAAAAGAUGCUCCUUUAACACAAGCCGUGCCUGGAUGUCAGCGCUGGGAGAAACUGCAGAAUUCAAGAUGUGUUUGUAAGAUGCCCUAUGAAUGUGGCUCUUCCUUGGAUAUAUGUGCUCGAGAUGAGAGAAGCAAAAGGAUUCUGCCUCUGACAGUUUGUAAGAUGCAUGUUCUCCACUGUCAGGGUAGAAAUUACACCCUUGCUGGUAGGGACAGCUGUGCUCUGCCCGCCUCAGCUGAGAAAGCUUGUGAUGCGUGUCCACUGUGGGGAAAAUGUGAUGCCCAGAGCAGCAAGUGUGUCUGUCGGGAAGCAUCGGAGUGUGAGGAAGAAGGGUUUAGCGUGUGCGUGGAAGUGAACGGCCAGGAGCAGACGAUGUCCGAGUGUGAGGCGGGCGUCCUGAGAUGCAGAGGGCAGAGCUUCUCCCUCACCAACACAAGGCCCUGCUCUGUGGACACCCAGUAGGCUUCCCGGACGCCCUGCUCUGGUCUCUCAGAAUCCAGCCAGGAGCUGAGGCUGAGUCAGAACAGGGCACACCUGGGCACCUGCACAGCUUUGGCAGUGUGAAGACACAUUCUUCCUCCUCCAGUGUUCGCUUCUUCCCUCAACCCCCAGCAAUCUGUAUGAACACCACCUUUGUUCUCCCAACCCGAGACCUCUCUUUUAUCUUUCUUUAAUGUCAGUCAGGAUGAAGACAAUUCAGGAGCCUUUGCACAAGCUAGCUGUGUGUUCUUGGAAAAAUUGCUACAUUUUCUAGACCUUGACUUUUUUCUUUGUAAAAUUAGAGAUAUUGAACAUUUUUUUAGCAAUAUGAUUCUAUUAAGUAUGAUUGACCUAGGCUUUGGGCCAGAACACACUCUAAAAAUUGAUUAGAAGAACAGAAAGAACACAAUUUCCUGAUCAAAGAGGUUGGCUCCCCUCAAUGAAACUGAAUUCAAUGAAUGAUGAAAGACAGAUAAAAUUAUUUCCAUCCUGGGUAGUAAACUCAUGCUUUGCCUUAUUGGGUUAGUCACUACACGUAGGGAUCCCCAUUCUCGUAAGGAGACUGAACCACUAAAAUGUCAGAGCAGAAUUGAUGAUGCUACGGUCACAGGGGUAUUUUCUGCUUUUUUGUCUGAGAACAAAUAUAACUUAGUCUUCUCUUUGGGGUUUUUCUUUAGUAAGUGACAAACAUAAGAUCUGCAAUUUUCCCCUCUUUUUUUGCUGUGAAAGAAACAUCAGUUCACAUCUGGAGAAUUGAGUGAUUGCAUGUUUGAGAACAGUCCGCCCCAACAUGGAUCCACUCCCAGAUUCUUUAGGGAGUACACGGUAGAUUGGUUUGAAGCAUUGGGCUUCUCUUUAUUCCUUAUUCAUCUUUCAUCAAAACAAAACAUGGCUGUGGGAGGCAAAAUGAAUGGGCUUAAAUGAAAUUUAAAGUGUGCUUUAUAUACAAACACUAUCUCUGUAUUGUUCUAAUACUGAUAAAUAUAUUUCAACAAAACUUUAGUUAAGAUGACAAGGAUUAGAAUACUCAUUAAA